AUGGCACCCAAAAAGCAUAUCGUCUUCGACGUCGUAGGGACUUGCGUCUCUUUCGACGCGUUCUAUGAUCGUAUUGAUCAAAUCCUUGGACCAAGACUUAAGGCUCAACAUGUCAAUGCUAAACAUUUCGGCUACACCUGGAAAGAAGCUGCCGAGCUGGAAUUCUACUUCCUCCUGUAUUCAGAUCGCUACACUCCUUACAACGAGAUUUUCAAAGCUGUCUUCUACCGCACAUUACACAUGGCUGGGAUAUCGAAUCCAAGAGAAUUCGCUACAGAGGCAGAACGUGAUGCUUGUCAAGCAGGUUACUCAGAGCUUGAGCUUCGACCGGGUUGUGUGGAAAUGAUGGAGAAGUUGAGAGGGGUAGGAUGGACGGUGUGGUGUUUGACGACUGGGGAUGUGAAGAGAGUGAGAGGUUACUUUUUGAGAGCUGGGCUGGAAAUGCCGAUUGAGAAUUUUGUGAGCUGUGAUCAGUUUGCGGAAAUUGAUCCCGUGACUGGGGUUAAGAAGGGUGUUUACAAGCCGGCGAUGGCUUCGUAUAAGCCGAUGUUGAAGAUGUUUGCCGAGGAGGAUGAGAAGUGGUUCGCGGCAGCACAUAUGUGGGAUGUUAGCGCUGCCGUGCAUGCUGGAUUCCGAGGUGCUUAUUGCUCGAUAUAUGAUAAAGAGCCUUGUCUGGAGAUUUUCAACACGACGAUGGAUGUCAUGAGUGAUACGCUCCCUGAAAUGGCCGAUAAGGUCAUCGCGAUGACUUCGUAA